AUACAAUGUUGCAUCAGACGCUAGCUUAGCAACAGAUAACGACUUCUAGCUAACUCGUUGCUUAUGCUUUGUUUUCUAGAAGUGCUUUGUAAGCACACCAAUAGUAUAAAUAGGCCUUGGACCCAUUUCAUAUUGUUCAAUACCCGGGUAGACAUCGUAACAGUCACUUAAGUCAAGUAAUUGUAAACGUUUGUAAUUUGUAACGGACAGUAGCUACUGUCCUCAAAUAAAUUUUUUAAAAAGUAAAGUUGAAUUUAAAUGAUAUAACAAUUGGUGUCAGAGAAGUGGGAUAGCUUCAACGCAUUAGAACACGCGAACGCUCACUAGUGUGGUGGAUGUCUAUCCUUCGGGCUACAAAGGACCACGAGCCUACAAGUAACAAAAAGAAAUAAGAAGAAAGGAAACGACUAAGAAGAAGAAGCAAAAUAAGAAAGAAAAGGGCACAGCGAGCAGCAGACACCCAAAUGCAGAGAGUCUACUUGGAAACAUCCGAGAGCCUCCUCUGGAGAACACGACUGCCUCCUGAUGUACCACCGGGGCAGUUCUUUUCUGGAUCUCGAUAUAGGAUAUACCUUUUGGGGAAUCCAGUAAUAUGGUGGGCCAAUUCAGCUUUCAUACUGAUUUUCCUGGUAGUUUUUAUCACGAAUUGCAUCAAAUGGCAAAGAGGAUACAUCAAAUCUUUCUCAGGUAGUGAGGUGGAUAGGAGCAGCUAGACGGCUGCGACAGUACAAGAAGCAAGAAAGGGAGAAGGAAAAGGGACAAUUCCGUUCAUCGUUAGAGAGGACGAGAUUUGGAAGUCCGGAAAUGCAUCUCACAUAAACCGGAGUUAAAAGCUCUAGUGUUGACUGCAAGAGAGAUUGGGGUAGCUGUACUCAAGAAAAAACAAAAUCCAGUGGU